AUGAUCGCAGCUCGUCCCCUGGGCUCGCGCCUUUUCCAGCUCGCAGAGGCACUUCUGCCGUCGCUCCGCCUACUUAAUGAGAAACCCCUGUGGCAUUGUAAAUCUGCGCAACUAUACUGGCUGAGUUGAUGCGCAGUCAAUCAAAUUAAUAAAAAUAUAGGGAAACAGGGGCAAAUAGGAUGAAGAAAAUCUGGGAGCACUGUGGCUAAGGAAGAGCCCAAAAUUGAGCAGAACUAUCAAAGUUUUAAAAAAGCGCUCAUCAGAAAUUUUUGAAGGAUUGAAAGACAGUAGAGACUAAAUCGAAAUGUUUUGUCGAUAACUUGUGCCUGAAAGAAUUUUCGGAGUUCAAACUAAAAUUAAAUAAUCAAUUCAGCGAAAUUCGUAAUCCUUCAUAAAAAAUUGAAAAAAUAAAUCAUUGAAAGAAAUCAUGAGAAAUAAUUUCAACUGAAAUUUUCUCUAAAACAGCUAUAUGAACUCGCGGCUGAAGAGUUUUCAUCAAAUCUCCUGCAGGAACAAUUUGGUUGAGCGGAAAGUUGAGAGAAAUAGAAUAAUUACCCGGAAAUGGAACUGAAAAAAGCUUCAAGCAACUGGAUAACUGUUGGAAUUGAAGUUCCUUGUUUUGUGAGCGUUUCCAACGUGAAAAUGCAUCAAAAAGAUGAACGAGAGCGCCAGAAACAACAAGAAAAAAAAAUCUCGAUGGCUUGCUCCGAUAGGGAAACUUGAAAAAUAAGGAUCUCCAUCAUGGAAACGAAAGAACGUCUUGGAGAGCCGUGGGUGACAUACUUUUGGUGGUUUCCGGCUAUUCGAUAAAAAAUAAAUAACUGGCAAAAAAAAUUUCAGUGUUUCCGACUGAGCUUAUCUUGUUUCCAAAAUUAAAAAAAAAUGGUUCUGUCUGACCAGCGAGACAGGAUCUACAUACCAUCCAAAAAAGAGUGAAAUCGUAGACAUUUUCGACUUUAGAGAGCCCCUAACUUUUUUCACAGACCUGUAUGACGGAUUUUGAGGGCAGAUUUGGAAUCAGCUUAAGACUUUUAUUUGGAAAGCAUGGUAUCAUUCAAAAGUCCCGCUGUGAACUGAGACCAUUCCCUGGUAAAAAAAUAAACUUAUCAAUUGGUUCUCAUCACAAGGAAAAACUUUUGAACAAAACCCUUUCCUUUUUCUUUUACUUACAAGCUACCAUUGGCUAUUGAAGAUUUGUUUUCUUUAACUUGAAUUAAUUACAGAAAUUGAGAUUUUCUGCUGAAACAAAAGAUCUAUUUUAAAACGUUUCCGUAAAUCGCAAAAAAGUUCAAAAUUUUAAACCUUGUUUCUGAAGAAAACAAAAAAUAUGAAAUUCUUCGACUAUGGCAAAAAAAUUUUUGUCUUCAAAACCUCGGCAACCAAUGACGCCGAUUGAAUUCAAUAUUAUAUUUGAGCACGAAAAAAAGCAAAAAAAAUUCAAUAUUUUCGGAAAAAAGUUCUCUUUGGUUUUGCGAUUUUUUUUUGACAAUGUAACUCAGAGAAUGCAGUAAGAAUUCCCAGCAGCUCACGCCUGAAUUGCAGUCCCAUCAGUCUGAAUAUAUUUUUUAUCCUAGGAAAAGCAAGGUUUUUGAAAUAGAUAAGAAGACUGGCCCACUUGUUCAAGGUAAAACCAGAUGAGCUGGUAAAGACAAAAAGGCAGAAAAUGGGAGGCCGUCCGCAGUGGAACCUAAAACCCUAUUUAUUUCAGGCAUCAUCGUCGUCUCCUUUGCCGUCGUCGUCAAACCUAGAGCAAAUUGCGUUUUCGGCGCUGCGCAGAACAUCCCCAACAACUCCCGGCCACUUCAAUUCCAAUUUCCAAAAUCAUUCUCGGCUAUCAGGCCACAGGGACCCCUUGUUAUGUACCUCGAACUGUUCAUCGAAACUCCAGAAAUGUUGGCGUCGCAUCUCGACUACAAAAGAGCGAGGUUGGUUUCAAUCUGGUAUUCGGGAGUGGCAAACGAACUUGUAAUUUCUAUCUUUAUUGUGAGAAAAUUUGAAUGUGUGGUUGGAACCAAUUUUUAAAUUUAUUUUCAUCUUUUCGUCAGAACAUUUUUUGAACAGUCUUGCUUGUCUGUGUCCUUAUUUUUAUUACCGACGAGAAAACAUGAUAAGAGCCCAAAGACGAAAAAAAGGGUGCACUGAAAUCGAAGUUAAAAAAUCCUUAGAUUGACAUUACCCUAAUGAACUCCCAAUUUCAAACUAUAAAGAUGGAUUAUUGUGACUCAAAUUUCGGCUUUUGGAAUAUGUCGAAAUGAUUAAAUUCAGUUUUGUUAUAUGAAACGGAUAAAUUUAACACGGAGCGGUCGCGUCGCAAUGUUUGAGUUGCGCGCAAGUUUUUUUUUCGAAGUCCCUCCUACAGAUUUUCUCAUUUUCAUGGUUUUUUGCAUCCAUCAGUUCGUGAUCAAUAUAAUUCUCUAAUAAAAAAACCCUCAAUUACCUUAUUUGUUACUCAUUUUAUACAAGUUUGAAGGUGAGUAAUUUUCUUUAUUUGGAAAACAGCAGCUUGAUUUUUUCUGAACUUCUUAGGAAAGCUUAAAGAAGCAUCCUGUUUCUCUGCAGAAAUGUUUAUUUGAGGAGUGAUUUUCCACUAAUUCCACUUCCUUCAGUGCUCAUUUUGACGUCAAGACUUUCUCUCCACUUUUUGAAAUAGAUACUAGGAGAGGAAGUUGGAAACCUUGCAGAAAUGGUGACGAUGAACACGCCGGUUUGGAUGCCGCCGGAAUCUACCGGAGGUCUCUCCUGCAACUGUCAGUACCCUAUAGGACUCGUCAUUUUCCUCGUCUUCACCAUUCUCUCCCUGGUUGUCUGUAUCUGCGUCUGCUGCUUCGACAUUACCAAGGUUCGCGGAUUUCAGUUUUCUCUGUUUUUUUUGUCGUGAACAGUUGUUUGAAUCAGUUGUGGUAACGGAAACUAGUAACGUUCAGCAUUCAAAUUCUAUAACUCCAGUUGAAAUUUUUGAAAUCCGAAAGAGUCGUGACAAAAUUUACUAUAAAAUCUAACAUUCUCUGUUUUCCUGAUUAUUCAAAAAAUCUCCCGCAAAAAAGGACAUGAGCCCAAAAAAAAAGUUCGACUUUAAUAUGAUAGUUUGCAAUAAAAGCGAUACUUUUUAUUCAAUAGAUUUCCUGUGUGAACAAAAUUUUGAAAAAACAUUGAACGAACACUAGCAGUUAAAUUUUGAAUCAGUUCAUUAGUGGUCUAGUCAUGAAUGAAACUUUAUGAAGUUUCUAAAUUCUUCACAAUAUCAACCACAUGUUUUCAGUGUCACCUCUGUAAGCGAAAAAAGCCUCGCUUUUCGGGUCUCCACAAACCUUUUGACCCUCGUUUCAUCGACACGAGCAAGUUUGUUGAUCGAAAGGUUUUUGUUUCGCCUUGAAUAUGCAAUUUGAACUACUGAUUUUUCUGGUCUUUCUUCUCGGUUUGUGGACAAGCGGCCUUUUCACGGCCGGCGGGAAAAAGCACUUGAAAUUUAUAGCUGGUCCUUGACGCAAACUUUUUCAAAGUAAGACUUUUUGUCAAAAAGUUCUUGAGACUGAAGAGAGAGAAAAAGUUAAUUUUAAAAGUAAAAAGAUCGAGUUCAUCUACCUGAACGUUCAGAACUCUUAUAAAGAGUUUCACAACUCAACUCAGGAAAGUUUGACGAAAUGAAAGAUAUCGCAAAUGUCGUUCAUCACGCUGGAACCAACUUUUGGUUUUAAUACUAUCAUGAACUCACUCAUAUUUUUUGAAAAAUUUCAAUUAUUUGACACCAAUGAGUUAUAAGACAGAAAGCAGACUUUAUUUUAUUUUUGAAAUUUUUUUUAUCUCUCACACACUUUAAGUCUCAAAGAUCAAAGCUUUUUGAAAUGGAGGAAACAAGAAAAAUCAGUCGGAAACCUUUUUUUCUAUCACUUAUAUCUCGUAAACCCAUCACGAAAUCAGCACACAAUCCGCAAGCCAAAAAUCAAGAGCCUUUGUUUGCUCGCGACGAUGAUACACUCACUUUUUGCAGUUCUCGCUGGACCCGCGACUGCUGGAAUACAGCCAGUUGCUGCACAGCGGGAGCCUCAGCUCGUCCCAGUCGCGGAGCAUCGACGUCUGCUCCAACGGCAUGUACUCCACCGACACCUCUCUCGUCACCACCGUCUGA